AUGGACAUUAUACUAGGAAUAAGAGUAGAAGAAGCAACCUUGAUUGCCACUUCGAAAGCAGCAACAAGAGGAAUCUCCAUCCUCAAAGAUACAGACGACAAAACAAGACACCUCAAUGCCCACAACUUGAUUGCAUUCACGGGUGAAGCAGGAGACACGAUCCAGUUCUCCGAGUACGCCCAGGCAAACAUCCAGCUUUACUCAAUGCGUGAAGACGGCGGAGUGGAAAUGUCACCCCGGGCCACGGCAUCGUAUGUUCGCAACCAAUUGGCCACCUCGAUAAGAUCACGAAAACCGUACCAGGUCAAUUGCUUGUUGGCUGGAUAUGAUACCAAGACCAACAAACCUUCCUUGAACUAUAUCGACUAUUUGGGCACCUUGGUUGAAUUGCCUUACGGUGCGCAUGGAUACGCCGCCUUUUACACCACGUCGUUGUUGGAUAAACACUACCGCAAGGGGAUGAGUGUUGAGCAAGGGUUGGAGUUGGUCAAGAUGUGUAUUGCCGAGUUGCAGAAACGGAUGCCUAUUGACUUUAAAGGUGUCUACGUCAAGGUUGUAGAUAAGGAUGGUAUAAGAUUAGUUGACCUGGAUUGA